AUGCCUGGACGCAGAGGUGGACGACAAAGAAGUCCUGCCCCUGCUUAUCAACCGUACCGGGACACAGGUACUUGGGUUCCAACUCCGAACGUCGAAGAUCCAACUGCAUUCCCUCCACUACCUGGAACACUCACCUCGCCAAGAUCCAUUGGAUUCACGGCUACUGUAGCCUUACAAGACACAGUUGAAGACACAGCGGCAAAGUUCUCCAACCUCGCCUUGACAAAGAUCGAGAAGAUGAAGACCCCGCAAUUCUCCAACCCUAGUGACAUGGUCACCUUCAUCGUCGGCUUAAAGAAGGAGAAGUUUAUUGUCCACAAAGAAUUUGCCUGCAAGAAUUCAGAGGUGUUGAGAGCUGCUUUCAACGGUCCAUUCCUUGAAGGAAGAACCGGAACUUACAUACUCGAAGACACAAGUGCUGCCGCAUUCCGAAUGUUCACCGAGUUCCUCUAUUCUGGAAAGAUUACCCUUCAUUACCACAAUCUGAACGCCGAAGACGACCUUGUGCUUGCGGAGGACGAAGAACAUAUCGAGAUGUGUGCACAGCAAGACACUGACUUGAUUGAUCUGUGGCUCCUAGCAGAUAGAUUCCUGAUGGUAGACUUUCAGAAUCAAGUCAUCGACCACAUGAAGCGUAUAUACCAAAUCUGCGGUGUCAUGAGCAGCUGCCAAUUCCGCAAGAUCUAUGAUAACACUCAGGAAGGUAGUCCUCUUAGACGCUUGGUAGUUGAUCUGUGCUGUUGGGCAUUCUUUGCAGACUACAUCAAAGAUAAAUCUGACAAGUUUCCUCAAGACAUGCUUGUGGAUGUGGCAAUUGCCUACAGGGAUGCCGCACCAUCGAAUGUUAUCACGAGCAAGCGGAGCGAGAUUCCGACAACAGACUACCAUGUCAAGCGGCAAGCUUCAUAA